AUGGGACAAGAGAUCACAAGAUUCGGCGACGAGUGUAACUGCUUUGUGGGCUCGGAACCAGAUCGAGAGCCUGCCCAGACUCCGAGGACAGUGGACCCCGUGGCGAAUUUGGUCACCAAGGAGUUUCCGAAAACCGUGUUGACGCCGCCGCCUCCAACUUCCACCAAGUCGAAUCAGGAAACUCUGCAAGGUAUUGAGGAGAAGCUCAUGCAGAUACAGAAGUCGGGCUUCCAUGUGCCAAUGAUCUUCUUGUGCGUUGCAGGGUCAUCCAAUCCACAUGUACAGUCAGUACAGGUUCCAGAGGUGAUCGCCGAACGUUGGAUCCGAGUGGUUCGCCUCAUGUUGGAGCUGCAGCAACCCAUUUACGGCAUGGCAACAGGCACGAUGAGCCCUUUCGGCAUCAUGCUGCUUGAGGCAUGCGAUUGUGUCCUUGCCGACACUUUGCAGGAAGGAGUACACGCAAACAGGAUUCUCAAGCCGUUGGAGAUGGCGCUUGUCUGCAAGGUUGCGGCAGAAGAAGCAGAGUCUAUGAACGAUGCUCAGCUCGUGGAGCUCAAAGCCAAGUUUGUGCGCGACAAGCUGUAUGUCUACAAUGUGAAUCCAUGGAUGAGUGCUGAGGAAGAGGAAGGCUUCUUCGUACCGCCGCCGCCGCCCCCGCCGGACCCGGAGCCGUACCAGGCCUCCGAGGAACCGCCAUCAGCGGAAAAGGCUCCUGCUCCUGCUCCUGCUCUCCCUGCGCCUGCAGAGACGCCCAAGACAAAGCCGAAGCCGGCCUCGUCGCCGAGCGCGGCAAGCGCACCCACGCCGGCUGCGACAGCUCCCCCCCGGCCAGCGGAGAGCACCAAGCCGAAGGCGAAGGCGAGAGCUGAAGGCGCAUCCGGCGCCAUCAACUUCGAGGCAAUGCUGCUUGACCUGGAGGGUGCUGAAGAGGCAGCCUUCACUGCAGCUUUCAAAAGUCUGUCUGAUGGUCGGACAGUGCUACAACCUGACCACGAUCAGCUGAGAAGCUUCAUCUUGGUGAACAGCGGUAUCGGUGAACAGGACUUGGACACCGAGCUGCUGAAGAUUGCAUCUGCAAGGGAGGACUUUUGCAUAGACAUCCCGGGCUUUAUUGCUCUAUUGCGGGAACAUCCAGUGAGUGAUUCUGACACAUUGACACUGUUCAUGAACGUCUCCAAUGAUGGUGAGUCUAUGACAUCGGAGGACUGCCGGACGUGCCUGCUAGAAUUGGUGGCGAAGCUCCCAGAUGCACAUAUCCGUGAGGACCGGAUGGAGAGAAUCUUCGAUACGGUAAUGACGUCAGCAGACCUGUCUAUAUCCAUGGAGCAAUGGAUGGCCUUUGCAAAGACAACGGCGAGGAUCAUUCGAUUGAUGGCUCAUGCAAAGACACGCUAA